CUAAGGUGUUUACUACUACUAAGUACUGUACUAAGAUAGUAGAUGACCCGUUGAUGCUCCCAAUAGACAUGGAACCCGGGGGUUUCAUGCUUGGAUGCCAACUGGGGAGUGGUUGAACCAGUCCUCGGUCACCUGCCCACCCUCCUUACAACCUCCUCCUCCGCCGCUCCAUCGCACUCCUCUUAAAGUUCCUGGACUUCCCCUCGCCUCUUCCAUUCUCCUUCUUCUUCUCUUCCUACUUCAUCCUUCAUCCAUUGGAACACUCUCUCAUCUCUCAUUCACUGCCAUCCCAUCUCAUCCCGCUACUUCCACUCAAUUCACUGUUCGGUAAGCUUUCGACCCUGACCCUGGUUUCUCUUUACUUCAUCCCAUUCCAUCCCAUCUGUUCCUCCUUCCUCUCACUUGCUCUUCUCUUCC